CAAUGAGUUGUAAAUAUUGAGUAUAAAUAAAAAAGAAAAAAAAAUUAAAAAUGGGACUCUCCUACCUCUUGUCCGUCGCCUGCCCACAAUAGCAGACGUCCGCCUUAUUCGACGGACGACCUCUCGUCUUCCUGGGACGUCCGUCACCCGCUCGCCGCCUACAAUAGUGGACUAGCACACAGACUAGCGGCUAGUCGGUGCGCUAGUCCGCUAUUGUGGAUGCUCUUAGAGACAGACUAGUCUGCUAUUGUGGAUGUUCUUAGAUAAUGCUCUUAGAGGCGGGCUAGUCCGCUUUUGUGGAUACUCUUAGAGCAUCACCAAGGGGAAAAGGUAUAUUGAGAAGGUAUAUUUCUCAUUUACCUUCUCAAAAAGUUUAUUGUACCUUCUUAAAAAGUAAUGAACUCCAAGGAAAGAAGGUAAAUUAAAUAAGCAAAUAAAAUAACUAACUUUAUACAUUUUCUAUUAAGAAUAGGUAAAGAUACUUUCUCAAAAUAAAAGAAUGUAUAAUACCCGCUCAAAUACCCUUUCUAUUAGAACAUGAAAUUAUAUGAAGAAGAGGUAAAUAUGGUAGUUAUUUCUUUUUACCUCUCCAUUUAUCCUCUCCAGAUGCUUUUAGAGAACGUAGGAAUAAAGGGCUGUAAACUGGGCCCCCAUAAACGUGGACAACACUUCUGCCUACUGUGUACACCUCGCCGCAUACGAUCCGCUCUCCAAAUCUAAACCCAACAAAACUGAACCAUCAUCUGCCGGAGUUUGACCAAUCAAUCUCCUUUUCCGAUAUCCCAAAAUGAGCUCCGCCGCCGCGGCGACCUACACCACAAUCCCGAUCUCCGGCAUCGACGUCAUUUUCCGAUCGACGCAGAACCUCUCCGCCUCCCUCUCCCGCUGCCGCCCCUGGCCGGAGUUCCUCGCCACCGUCUCCGCCCUAGACAUCCCCCCAUCCCUCUCCGCCGCCUCCCUCCGGUUCCGCCGCAACGCCGCCUACUUCUCCCUCAACUACGCCAUGAUCGUGACCGCCUGCGCCGCCGUGUCGCUGAUCACCACGCCGAUCGCGCUGAUUCUGCUCGGUUUCGUGCUGUUCCUGUGGCUGAUCCUCCACUUCUUCAGGGAGGAUCCGCUGCUGGUUUGGGGGCGCCACGUCAGCGAUUGGGCUGUGAUUGCUGGCCUUGUGAUGCUGUCGAUUUUGGCUCUGUAUAUCACCGGGCCGCUGCGUAAUCUGUCUAUUGGAAUUAUCGUGGGGCUGCUGAUCGCCGUCGUCCAUGGCGUGUUGAGGAAUCCGGAAGGGCUUUUUCUCGACGAGAACGACGCCGUUUCCACCGGUUUGAUCGCGUCUCACUCUACGAAUCGGAGUGGUGGAGCUUCGUUUACUCCACCUGUGUGAAUAAGAAUCGAAUCUUCUGUUUUUUCAAAAUUUUUUCUGAAUUGAUUUUUUUGUGUUUGUCUGGUGUGAUUCUUUGAAAGAAAUUGGUGAGGUUAAUUUUGUGUUUUUGUAUUCUGGUAAAUUAUUAUUGAUUAGAACAAAGCAUUAUUUGGUGCCAAUUGAGGUUUUGAUAACUCAUCAUCAAUUCUCAAAACCCUAAAUCUGGAUUCCAGUUGAUUGUCUCUUUGGGAAAUGUAAAAAAUACAUCUUGAUAA